AUGAGUAGUGUGGAACUUGGUCUAGCGAUUAUUGCUACUGUCGAUCUCUAUUUGAAGUGGGUUCAAGUCACUGGCUCACUGCUGAGAAUCAUGGUCUUGCGAUACGAUUGCAGAAAGCUGAUCCUGGAUUUCAUCUUAAAUUCCAUGGAGUGGUUCGAGCAGAAGACCGCAAAACACAGAAGCCCCUAUCCUAUGGCUUUAUCUCUUGGACACCCCAAGGCCACCAUUAUCCUCAAAGCCUUCGAAGUAACCUCCUCUCUCAAACAAGGUACUCUCUAA